CCUUUUCUUCCAUACUACUCUGUACUAGCAACUCUGUACUAGCAAAGAACCCUUGAAUCUAUGAUAGUAUCCGCUCCUUUCAAAAAGCUUCUUAUCCAUUCACAACAUCACGUUCAAAAGUUAAAACUGCAGGCCGCGUCAUGUUAACGAUGGAUUUCUAAUCGCUAUGAUUUGACACUUUUUUACUACAAGAAUUCGUGUCUAACAUUGGUAUUUUACAAUUAGCCAGUUAUCCAUUUGUAUAUGAUCGAAUUGCUUAGUUCUCGAUCCUCCAGAUUAAAACGUGUCUGGAGCUAAGAGCUUUCUGAGCCCAUUGCGGCAAAAUCGAUAUCAAAAACACAAUCAUGUCGUCGCCAAAUGGUGGGAUGACUGUGGAGGAUAUAUGGGCCACCACAUCAUCAACUGUGGUGGUCGCAUGGUCGAAAACCACGAGACGUAUGCGGGUUGUUGGUGGUGUAUUUAUAUUUUUUAUUCUUUCCAUUCUGCUUUUGAGACCUUCGAUACCAGAAAGUCCUUCACUCCCCUCACUACCCACGAUGCCCAAGGUGUCUCUUGACUAUGGUGCACCAGGACCCACCCAAUUCAAUCAAUCCAAAGUAGCGCUUCUGAUUGAAAAUCGCGUCAAUCCAAUUCUUUCUCCUCUCAUAUUACAUUUCAUGUCUGUCGUACCUCCCGAUUGGCGUUUCCGCUUUAUGGGAAGUCUCGAAUCUGUCGCGCUUGUGAAUACCAGCCGGGCAAUUCGCCAGCAUGUCAAAUCGGGAAAACUCGACCUGACGUAUAUUCCCGCCAACAUGUCCACCGGAUCUCAGGAAGAGGUCAGCAGAUUCCUGACGAAUCUAUGGCUCUAUGAGACUGUCCUACAACCUGCAGAGUGGUUACUCGUUUUUCAGACAGAUAGCAUGCUCUGUGCAAAUAGUAGACAAAGUCUUAACAAUUGGCUGGAUUACGAUUGGGUAGGAGCACCCUGGAAUCCUAACGGGAAGUUUGGAGGAAAUGGAGGAUUGAGUUUAAGACGCGUGAGCGCCAUUGUUGACGUUCUCCGUAAUCAAGUGCGGGUAGAUAAUUCGGAGGCAGAAGAUGUGUGGCUCACCGAUCGAUUGGGACAUCGACCUGGGGCCAAACUUGCAAAUGGAACGACUUCACUCACAUUUUCGGGAGAAAUGCACAGUGGACAAGGAGAGCGAGUUGCUGCCGAGAAAAAGAAGGGGAAAGGCAAUGAUGGGACAAAAGUUGGUGGGCUAAUUAAAGGAGUUGAUGAUUGGAGAGAUGGAUUUUAUGAACCGAUGGGUUAUCACACUGGUGGGAGUGGAGUCACACUUCAUGCUGGGAUUUGGGGAACACCCGAGAAGAGGAAACAUAUUUGGGAUUAUUGUCCCGAGGUAAAGAUGAUUUUCAAAAUGGAUGCCGCCAAAUAUGUCCCAGGGGAUUGCAAUUCGAAUUGGAAACGAUGGGAUAUGGGACAAGAAGGUGUCGAUCAGGUAGAUGAGAAUGUGGAAAUCAUCGAUGGAGUGGAAUAUCCUAUGUUACCUGCAGGUUUAGUACCCUGGUAACGCGAAAGCGAAAUCACUUCACGACACUUUUUCAUCAACCUCUACUUCAAUAUUAGGUAUUUUUCUACAUGUUUACCGGCGCGUCGUGAGUUGGGAUGGGAUAUAGAAAAUGGGGCUAGGUAACAUCACAUAUGUAUGGGCUACACAUCAUAGAUCAUUUUGGCUUUUCUAACAAUCGAGCUGGAGCUAUGGCAAAUAUGAUAUCCAUGAGAUUAUGUAUCUAUCUAUUUAGAAUGAGAGUGGCGUCGUUUUCACACUCUUUCUAGUACGAUCAUUUUGCA